AGGCUAUUUAAAUGGAUGAGUGAAGGUGUGUGUGCAGGUCUGAAAGAGAGAGUGUGUGUGGCUUUGGCGUAUGUCUGUGCGCGAGAGAGUGGUUUAAAGGAGGGGGUGUGUUUAUGGGAAAUAGAGAUUUUCUCUCCCUCUCGCUCUCUCUCUCUCUCUCUCGUGUGUGUGUGUGUGUGUGUGUGUAUGUGUGUGUUUACACAGACUGGAAUACUGCGCCAAAGGAAGUGCGCCGGUUCUCCGUCUGCGCGUCCCGACUUCCUGCUCUGAGGCAGGAGAGAAAAAAGCUGCGGAUCCGCUUUCAGACGGCAGCAGCAGCAGCAUGGAGCCCCGACACUACGCACACACACCGCUAUAAGACAGAAACACACACACCACACACGGGCAGACGGGCAGAGGAGCCGCGGCCGUCCACAGCAGGAUUGCCUGGACCUUUGGUGUUGUAGCGCCAUGGAGAGUUCCAUCACACUCUGGCAGUUCCUGCUGCAGCUGCUUAUCGACCAAAGCCACAAACAUCUCAUCUGCUGGACGUCCAACGACGGCGAAUUCAAGCUUCUUAAGUCAGAGGAAGUGGCCAAGCUCUGGGGGCUGCGCAAGAACAAGACCAACAUGAACUAUGACAAGCUGAGCAGAGCGCUGCGCUACUAUUACGACAAAAACAUCAUCAAGAAGGUGAUCGGCCAGAAGUUCGUCUACAAGUUCGUAUCAUUCCCUGAGAUUCUAAAGAUGGACCCUGCAAUGGUGGAGUCGGGCCGCAACAGUGAGGAAAGUGGGGGUGUUACAUCAGAGCCAGAGGCUGAAGACGAGGAUGGCGGUGGGAGAAACCAGUACCUCCACUCCGGCCUGUACUCCUCCUUCACCGUCAGCUCCCUGCAGCACUCCUUAGAACCGCAUCAGCCGAUCAAGACGGAGCCUAGAUCCGAACGCCACGGCGACAGCUCCUCUGUCAUCCGAUUCGUAACCAACCGUGGCCACUCCUCCCUACCCUCCACCCCGCCCCCGUCCUCCACUGAGACCUCCGAUUCCUCCAGGCUGUCUCCUCGGCAGGUCCGCUCUUCCUCCUGCUCCUCCUCCCCGCCACAAAGCCCCGCCCACAUACUGUGGAGGGGGCGGAGACAUAGCACAGAGACUAAUGAGUUCGAGCAGAGCGCUCAACCUCUGAACCUGUCAUCUGGUCAGAGAGAGAGAGAGAGGUCACAAGGCAUGACAAUGCCAGAGAGAAGGGGAUUGGCCAAUAGUGGGCCUUUGAAAAGCAGGAAACCAAAAGGCUUGGAAAUCUCUGCCUCCUCCCUCCUCCUGACAGGAAGUGACCUCGUCUCCAUAGCUCUCAACAGCCCGGCGCUGCCUUCAGGCUCCAUGACCCCGGCCUUCCUCACCACACAGACUCCGUCUGGUCUGCUGCUCACUCCAAGCCCUCUACUUUCCAAUAUCCAUUUCUGGUCCAGCCUGAGUCCAGUGGGACCCCUCAGCCCCGCUCAACUGCAGAGCCAUGCCCCCCUCUUUCAGUUCCCCUCACUGCUGAAUGGACACUUCCCCGUGCCUUUACCCAACAUGGACUCUCCCUCUCCUCUACUGCUCUCCUCCAGCUCCCACAAGUCCUGAUGCCAGCCCAAGCUCCAAGAGCAAACUGGGCCAAACUGGACCGAGCUGGGCACAGACCAGAAGCCAAUCAGCCUUAAACUCUGACAAUGAACCACACAUGAGUCCUUUGACUCCAAUUACACUUUGAUCUGAAACCUGUUCCUUAGCAUUUAUUAUAUGAAGAAACAGGAGCUUCAUUUUGAAGCUUUGCUCUCUGAGAAGAGUUUAGACAUUUCUUUGUGUUUACGACAUUUCAACUGCUCAUGGGCUUUGUUGUCAUGCAAUGAAAUUGACUGACCUUAUCAUUUUCUCAUCUCAUUUUAUAUCUUAUCUCAUUCCACUUGGUUUAAAAGUAAGUGAUACAGACUGGUUACAAUUUCAUGAAUGUUCCUUUUAUUCCUGACUAAUGUCAUUGUCCUCCACUGACUCAAACAAUGGAGAUCUGGGGAAGUCUUUGUCAGAAAUUUCAGGACAAAAAGUCUGGUCCUUUAAGUAAAAAAUGUUUUUCAUGCUCCCGUACAGUUAAAGGAAAUACACUUGUUUGCUUAGAGUUAGCAUAAGACGAGAAGAUCGAUACCACUCUCACGUUUUUUAGCUUAAUAUGAAGCCACAGCCAGGAGGCUGUUAGCUUAGCUUAGCAUAGCAUAAAGACUGGAAACAUUAACAGUAAACAAUAACAGUUUGCCUUACUCUGUCCAAAAGUGACAAAAUCUAACUACUUGCUGCUAAUAGCUCACUUAUUAACACAUUUGUCGUUUCAUGGCAAUUUGUAGUUUUAUGGGGGAGUCAAGGUUGACUCCAGGAGAUCACAAGUCCAAAUAGUUUAGCACAUUACUAAAGUAAAACCCCUGAUAUGUUGUUUUUUUCUACAGACUGACUAAAUUUAGAUAUUUAAAUUUAGGAUUUUAUGACUGAGCUUUGAAGUAUAGCGAGACAUUGUUGUGCAGAGCCAGCUGUCUGUUUGAGGUCUUUAUGCUAAGCUAGCUAGGUAGCUUGAAACGUACGUAGCAUGAAAAUAGCAUGGUAAAAAAACCUCUAAAUCUUGUUUAUAAGAUUCUGUAUUUACCUUGUUUCUUUGACUCAAAACAAAAACAACAACAAACCAACAUUUUGGGUACAGAAAAAGUACAAUGAGUUACACAGUAUCUCAGGAUAAUUUUUUAUGUUUUUUUAAAAAUGGCUAUGCCUUUGUCCAGAUCUUUAUUGUUCGAGCGUGGCCACAUGAGAUGAAUCCCUCACCGACUCCUAGCAGAUUAACUGCUAGCCAGCGAGCUAAAAUGCUGUGGAUGUCUACAUUUUGUCUUCUGUUUUGCUUUAACUUGACGCUGUGAACUUAUUUUUAAUUAUCUGUAUAGUUUUAUGCUUUUUUUUUUUAAAUGCACUGUACUUUUCAGCUUUGUACCAGCUGUGCCUUCAAUAUUGUAAGACUUGUGUAAAUGUAUUAAGCUUUAAACCAGGUUUAAAUGGACAUUCCAGGUCAAAAUUGCACAAAAGCUUUUAUUUUGUAAAAUGGUUCCUGGUUAUUUUUAUAAAGAAAUUAAUGGAAAUGUAUUCUCAGUGAUUUGCUUGUUUUGUUGAGGGAAAUGUUGCUGUUUUUUGGAAUAAAAUGAAUUACUUUUCAGAA